CAGACGCGAGAGAUCCGCCAGUCUUUGCUCAGUCGCUGUAGUAACGUCUGGGAAGCGGACUCUGAGCUGCAGGUCACCGCCGCACUUCAAGCAAACGGAUAAUAAACGGAUAAUAAAAACAAAAACCAACAAAGCUCUCUCGUGUGGAUGUGCAUAGAUAGAUAUUUUUUUGCGAGCUUGAAGUCGUUUGGAAGUAAAACAGUGACCACAGCGGGAUAUUGAACUCCUCGGGACGCAGGGCAGGAGCCUAAAAAUAAGUUUUCAUCCUUUUCUGUUUUCUUCAUCGACGGAAUUGUUAUUCCUUUUUGCCGAAUUUGUUGGACUGAAUGCGUGUAAUUUUCAGUCCCGGUGUUUAUUCUGACCUGGAGUGGGGCUGUUGACGGCGAGGCGGACACCAGAGAAGCGGCAGCUCGGUAGCCACCUGACCUCCUGGAAAAUAAGACGGCAGCUGAUGACACGCAGGCUGAGAGCUUUACGUGGCAUAUUAGUAAGCUCACUGACGGAGUGGGACGAGUUUUCCACGCGGCUGUUACAUUCCCAGCCUUGACGCACCGUUUGCGCGUGAAGUUUGCGGAAUACUGUUAGCGAUAUCUAAUCAAUAUUAACGAAAUAAUUUGGGUGAACGCUGACACUGAGUUGGGUAUAAUUCUCUGAACUUCUUCUUUCGUGUCUGCGAGAAUAACAGCCUGAAGUGGUUCAUCUGUCUGUACCGGAGACCAUGGGUAUUACCGCGCUGCAAGUGCUCCAGUGGUCGUGAUGCCAAGCGCCGGUCUGAUCCCGCGCGUCCAUCCCGUUAUGUGCGCUCUCUAACCCCGCAGAAGUGUGGUGCCGUGUCCCGGUCACACCGCCAGGAUGAGCAGCACCGACCUGGAGCGCAUGUCGCUCAGCUCUUCGGCAAACUCUGUGGCGUCCAGCGCACGGACGCUGUCGGCUAACGUGAGGAAGCUGCACAACGCGCUCAACCUCCUGCUCAACGAUUUCGAGAGGGAGCAGUUCAUCCACUGCCUGAAUGUCUACCACUCCAAACGCAACGUGUACGACCUGGUGCAGACCCUCAAUGUCAUCCUCAACGCGCCCAGCAAACGGCAACUUCUGCCCAUGUUGCGGCUGGUGAUCCCUCGCUCCGAUCAGCUCCUUUUCGAGCAGUACACCUCGGAGGGCCUUUACUUAAAGUCGGAUUUAGUUGCAAGCAACGGACAUGCCGAGCCGCCCCCGGGCGAAUUCCUCAGCGCAAGCCCGACGCCCCCGGGGCAUUUCUCUCCGAACAACCCCCCCGAAUUUCAAGUGGCGCUGCGGGGCUCUCCGGACAGCUUCAGCACCAGCAGCGACGGGACAGCUCCCCUGGUACCUCUUCUCGGGAGGAACUUUAUCCACGAGCCGCCCGGUGAGCUGCGCCAGGUCACCAUGAAGCGGCACAAGAGCAACGAGGGCCUGGGCUUCAGCAUUCGCGGCGGCUCGGAGCACGGAGUCGGGAUCUACGUGUCCCUGGUGGAGCCCGGGAGCUUGGCGGAGAAAGAGGGUCUCCGGGUCGGUGACCAGAUCAUGAAAGUCAACGACAAAGUCUUCGAUAAAGUCACCCAUGCUGAAGCAGUGAAGGUGCUCAAGGGAAGUAAAAAGCUUUGCCUCUCAGUGCGUUCAGUUGGUCGCAUUCCAGGCGGCUAUGUCACCAACCACGUUUAUACCUGGGUUGACCCUCAGGGUCGAAGCGUGUCCCCUCCUCCUGACCUGCCUGAGCAUCGCAGCGCCACUCUGAGAAGAACUGACAGUCAGCGCCGAAGCAACAUGCAGCUACUGCAGGAAGGGGAUGAGAAGAAGGUCAACCUGGUUUUAGAUGAUGGCCGGUCUCUGGGUCUGAUGAUCCGAGGGGGAGCAGAAUACGCUUUGGGUAUUUACAUCACUGGAGUGGACCAAGGGUCAGCAGCAGAGUGUGGAGGACUGAAGGUUGGUGACCAGAUCUUGGAGGUGAAUGGCCGCAGUUUCCUGAGCAUCCCGCACGAUGAGGCCGUCAGAGUCCUGAAGUCAUCACGCCAUCUGAUGAUGACAGUGAAAGACGUAGGCCGCCUGCCACACACCAGGACGGUGGUGGGUGAGACCAAGUGGAUCGCCAGCUCACAGAUUGCAGAGAGCUCUGCCAAUAGCAGCGUGGCAAGCUUUUCUGUGGACCAAGGAGCUUCUGCAUCAGGAAAGUCUGGGUUUUAUAAGGGUGUGGCAGGCUCACAGGUAACCCUGUCCAGUCUGGUGAAUCAAUCCCGUGCCAUGCUGGAGGAGCAGGCACGCCACCUGCUGACAGAGGCGGAGCGACAGACCAUGGUCUACUAUGUGGAGGAGUACCGGGACGGACACAUAGGAGUGGAGCAGCUGGUCAUGGCGCUGUUUGAGCUGCUGAACACGCACGCAAAGUUCUCCUUGCUGUCCGAAGUACGAGGCCUGGUUGCGCCACAGGACCUGGAGCGUUUUGAUGGGCUGGUCCUUCGACGGGAAAUUCAGGCCCUUAAAGCUCGACAGGGGGCAGCUGGCGCCUCAGCCCUGCAGCCAGACUCCCUGUCCAUGGUGUCAUAUCCAGACACUCUGACAUCAUCUUCAGCCAGCUUCAUGACCAACACCACCCUCAGCUCUGCACGGGAGAGGCUGCUGUGGCUGAUAGAUAUUAUGGAGAAUGACAGCGUUGUGGAGAGUAAUGAGGAGGAUCCCCCAGAGAGCCUGAACACGCUGCUGACCGACAUCUCUCUGGAUGAUGUUCAGUCCGCCACAGCCGAGUCCCCUCCCUCCUUCAAGCCUCCGCCCCCACCAGGGGUGCAGAGGGGCCCAAGUAGAAGAGAUCCGCUCAACAAGUGCCCCUCUUCCGAAUCCUCCCACUCAGGCUUGUACUUUACAGCCACAGCCUCUAAGAACCACAGCAACGAGCCAGGACACGCUCCUGCCUCACCCUCUUUACACCACAAACGAGAACGCCAGAGGGACCCGUCUCAAGAAUACGCAGCUAUCAGAAAGAGAGAGCCCUCUGCAUUGGCCAAGAAACAGAAAAUAACAUCCGCUCAGUUGUCCACAGUUGCUCAGCACAACAUUGGCCCUUUCCCCAGGGUGCAGUCGCCCAGCAGAGGCACUAAACCCGCUGCCCCGUCCCCUUCACCUCCGCCUCCUCCUCCACUCCCUGCCCCUCCUCCGCCCCCUUCUCUGUCCCUUAAGCCAGCAUCCAAGACCAAAUCCUCCCCCACCUCCUCUCCUGGGUCUAAACAGCAGUUUGUUACAGUGGAGGUUCACAGGCCCAACGCAGAACCCGAUGUCAAUGAGGUGCGGCCACUUCCCCAAGCUCGAGGUGGCACCCUGUCUCAGCUGUCAGACAGUGGCCAAACCCUCAGUGAGGACAGCGGGGUGGACAUAGCUGAGUCAGGACACGUCAGGAAAGAAAGUAGCUCCCAUUCCUCACGCACACACCUCCCCGAGACACCCAGGAGGGAGGCGGGGGGGACAACCCCUCCAAACCGAUCGUUUCCUUUGUCUCACUCAUUUGUUUAUUUCUUACCCAUGUCAUUCAUCGAGUCACAUGCUCCAUCAUUUGUUUAAUCACUGACUGCGCUGUAGCCUAAUGAAAUUCACAAAUCCCUCUCUGGUUCUUAGUGAUUGAUGGAAGGAAUAACAAGCAAGGAUGGGAGUAGUCUGAUUGUUUAUGGCGAGAGAGCUGAUAAAUUCAGCAUCCAAAGAGAUUGUGUAGCAUAAAAAAGCUGCUUUUUUACUACCAAGAAGCGAAAAAUGUUUCCUUCUGCUUGUUCCUGAGUGUCAGGCAAGCGGUUGCAGAAAAGAGUGGAGUUAUGUGCUCAUAAAAUCUUGCCCUUAAUAAACUUAAGGAAGGCAUUUUUAAGUCUUCUCAUCUUUAUGUCAAACAAAAGACAGCAGAAAGCAGAACUGUGGGGCAGUUACCUGAGUAAGUAUAUAAGUAUGGCUUGAAUUCAUUCAAGAAAACAGAGUAAACCACUGAUCACGUAACUAGAUAUUUCUCUCUUGCCAGUUUUAAAAUGCUGAAACAUGUUUUUGUGGGUCUUUCGUUCAUGUUCUAAGAUAGAUGAGUAUCUGAUGUUGUCCUGGGUAAUAGCUUUCACAACUUCCUUUCAAUGGCACCAAGCAAUAAUAUUCUCUGGGCUAUUGAAGUAUGUCAGUGGUUUAGGGAAUUGUUUUGCUUAAAGUUUUCACUAAGAAGCUCUAGAUUGUCAUUGUCUCCAAGUUCCAGCAUGCUACUGCAUAAAAGAGAGAGCUGAUUAAUGGACGUCGCACAUCCAUGUCUUCCAAACCACAUCCCUACUACACACUCCUUUAUGUCAGAAAGGUCACUCAUAAACUGAUUUUGUUAAUCCAAGCUAGAUAUUUUACUCUGGAGGUGAUGUAGCCCUCACUUAUGAGAGGCUAAAAUGAGUAUGGAUGAUUAUAUAAGCAUAUCUCUAAGGCCUCACAUGUCACACAUGCCUACAGGCCUGUAAGCGACCCCUUGGCCACCCGUUUUGGCUGGUCUCCGGUCACAUGGAAAAAAUCUGUACUACCUGACUGGUUGGCAAGUGGUUGCUGGAGAUUGCUAACUGGUGCUGUGUGAAACCCAAAAGGAAACUUCCUUGUGAUUGUGUUGGUUGCCUGCAGACAUUCGUUUGCAUGAAAGAAGCCAACAUGCCUGCACACGCUCGUAUAAUCCAAAUCAGAAAUGGAGCACAUUCACCUCCAAAGUAAAAUGUAUGCCUUACUGCUGAAACCAACACAUUUCAAAAAGCACAGAUUUUACUUUGAAGCCUAAUGGUGUUCAUUUCCAGUUUGUACUGCACUCUUCACAGUUUCACUUCUUCUUAGCAAGCAGUUGGUGAGUGUUUGCACUCACUAACUGGCAGGCAACCACAAUGAUCUGCUAGCAACCAAAGAAAUUGUAAGGAGGUUUUGAAUCCACCAUCAUAAACCUCUUUGCAACAAUUUUCAACCAACAGCAAUAUCCAUCUACCACUCACUAACCAGUCAGGGAUUACUCAUUUUUCCCUAGCGACCGAUGGUUUCCAAGGAGUCGCUGACUGGUCUCAAGGUUUUUGUGACUUGGGCUUUUGUAGUCAAUUUCACAUCAACUGCCGGCAGCUAAUUGGGGAACACUCACUUUUCCUCCUUAGUGACCGAUUGCCAGUUGAUUGCCAGGAAUAUUCAUGGCACCAUAAAAGCCUCCUAAAAACAAGCUCAGGAGAAAAAUAGUAACUCCAUGUAGCAGAGGAGUGUGGUUUAGAGACUGCAGGUGGAGUAUUGCCCAGUAAGUUGAUGCAGUUAAAAAUGGUAACUGAUUAGUAUCUUACUUAUUCUGCAGUAGGAUGCUGGAACUUGGCGUUUGAGACAAAGGAAUCACAGCGGACAGAAGUCUGUGUUACUCUGUCAUUGUAGUGAAGUUGAGUGGACUUUACCCACCGGGUAAGUGUCAUUGGAGCACAGAGUGUGUUUGGCAGAUUUGAAUAGAAGUUUGGUGAUGGCAUGAACUAGUCUCUGCCUCUUCUGUGUGCUGAGGGGAACUCAUGAGUCGGUGAGGCUAUAGUAUGCAGGUAUUUACUGCCACUCCAACAAUAUAAGUAUGCACACACAAAUUUAACAAAUGUUUGUGGAGCUUAACAGGCAAGGGAACAAAGCAGCCACAACACCCAUGAGAAUUUCUGCUUAUUGAGAGCUUUGGCUAUACAUGCUGUCGCAGGGAACACACUCAAAGUUGAAUUCUGAUUGUCAAAUUCAACUCAAACCUUUUGACAGUUUGGGGGCGGAAACCAAGGGAGUAAUUGAGCCUCUUAUGAGCCAUCACAAGGCACUGACACGCACAUCUCAGUGACUGACAGCUUCGGUUAACUGUGUUAAACUAAGUUACACUGUGGCAGCAGUGUGGGUGUCAUUUUAAGUUGUAAAUUAUAAACAGUUCCUUUUGAAUGUACUGACAACUAUCACUGGACAACUUUGGUUCAGAAGAAAUCUAAGAAAUGGGUGGUUGCUCUGGCAAGUUCUGAAGUCCCUACUCAGCCAUUUUGCAUGAGUCUAUUUAUAGUAUAUUUCUAGUAUAAUAUCUAAUAGUCUAAUGUUCUACUGUCUAAUAGCCAUGAUCAUAAAUAUAUCAGCAGCUGUAGCUGUUAAACCACAGCCAGUACAACCGAAAAUAUAAACACAUGUAGGCUUCAUAGUGUUCCUCUUCCCACUGCCUUAAGUUUCUGUGACAAGUGUAUUUGGGAGAAGUUAAUCUUGGUAGAGGAGAUGGCAGGACCCAGAGUGCCUUUGUCUUGGCACUGCUUGAGCUGUGAGAUUGUAGUUAUUUUCUUGUUUAGGAGAAGGAGUGUGUUUUUGAUCCUUAAUAACGUAACCCUUUCCUUACUAAAACUUCUAAGAGCUGUUGUAGUUUUUCUUUUAGUUCUUGGCAGAAAGUGUAGCUUGUUAAACCUUUGUUUUAUUUCUGAUUCAACCUCUCUGUCUCCCUUUUUUAUUUCUUCAAGCACUUUUAUUGUUGAUUCCUUGGAUCCUCUGGGAGUUUAUCAGGGAUCCAGGCCCAAGUCCUCUUAUAACAGAAAUAAUGGCUUGGUUAACAGGUUUUCAGGAUGUCUGAAGUAUUCAGUAAUCCAGUGAUUGCUGUAGUACACCCAAGCCCAAAGCACAUUGGAACUUUUAAUAGUUAAUGUUUUUUAAAUCAUACAUGUUAUACAACUUAACCACUACACUGAAUCCCUUUAACUCACACUGAUCUUGGAACCUGGACAUAAAAACCCCAAAACAUGUUUCAAAUUCAUUUAUAAAGGAAGUAAACACCUAUAAAUGGAAGGAAGCUGUACAAGCCCGGGCAUAAACAUGACUACAUCAUGGAAAUGGAAAUUAAAUGUGUUUUAUUUUGUCCUCUGACUUGUGAAGGUGUUAAAUUGAUUGCUCAUUCAGAAUAAACAAGGGAAACCAUUAGGAAGCUCUACGCUCAUUGUUGCUUAAUUAAAAUGAGCGAACAUACAGUAUAGUACGGUGUAAUCCAUGCAAAUUGCAACAAAUCGAAGGCAGAUUAUCUUAUAAAGUUAUGAAUGUAUUUAUAAAUGUGCCUUUCAUUUUGUCUUCCUCACUCUCCCUUA